AUGUCGGCUAAUGAUAUCCUAGAUGUCCUUAACGUGCAGAGAGAUAGUCUGGAUCUCCCUGCAAAGAAGAAGCAAAAGGUGCUGAAUGAUGUGGCUGCAGUUCACCGACAAACAGGUUUAUCUCGAGAACUCUAUAGUCUCUUAGGACCUAAUACACCUCCUGCCAACUUGUCCAAUGCCACAAGCUCUGGAACCAAAAGCAAAUUUAACCUCAAACCCUCCCCGUGGACGCGACAGUCCUUCACUGCCCAAAGCGGAGAUCAAAAGGGCGCUGAAUUUUUUCAUUGGGUCAAAGGUUCGAAAGAACUUAUAGAACAAGAACCGGAGAAGCCUUACAUUUUUGAAAAGUUCAACGUCCGUCUUGAUAUACCAGAACUUCCAGAUGAGGCCACUUUUGAUACCUAUAUGUCAGAGCUACUCCAGGAUGAAGAGGAUGCGAGAGUAAAGGAAGAGGAACGCAAGAAAGUUGCCGAAGAAAGCACGAAAUCAAACAGUACUGAACCGAAAACCGAAACUGCUACUGGCGAGAAAACUGACACACAGAAUGAGGAGAAGACAGAAACGGGGACCAAGGAAGAGAAGAGGUCUACACAUGAAAAUAAACGAUCUGCCCCGGAUGAACUGAAAAAUGUUGAACAGUCGAUACCACCUAGGCACAAUUGGACCUAUGAGGAAACAGUGCACCUUUUCGAGCUUUGUAAUGCGUUCGAGCUUAAGUGGCCCAUAAUAUUUGACCGAUUCAAGUAUCCAGGCUUGCGAGAAGAAGACCUCAAAGAUCAAUUUUAUCGGGUUAGCGCGAAGAUAUAUCAGUCACAACCCAAUGCCAGUCACGCUCUCAUUGAAUCAUUGAAGUCGUUUUCUCGAGUCAAAGAAAUAGAAAGGAAGCAAUACCUUGAAAAACUCCUCAAACGUACGCCGGCCGAGAUCGCUGAGGAAGAGUCGCUAGUUAUCGAAGCUCGACGGUUCGAGUUGGCUGCUAAGAAGAUGUUGGUAGAGAGAUCUCAACUCUUGACUCUUUUGGACUCUCCUCAAGUGACGCAGUCCACUCAGCAAUACCAAUCUUCACAAGGGUUGGCCAACUUGUACAAUAAUUUGAUGAUCAUAGACAAGCAUCAAAAGAAGCGUCAACUUCAACAGCAGCUGAGAUUAGCAAGCAGUAGCGAGCCACUCCCUCCUCCCAUUCCUAGUGCAGCUUCCUCAUCUUAUAAGAGAGAUAGGACAUUCCAAACACAACUUCAACAGUACUUAUCGAACGUUUUGAGACAAUCGCAAUCGGUGAAUGGCCGUGAGCCAAAUGCUGUACAACAGCUUUUAAUGAAAAGGCUUACAGUUAAGGAGGAAGAAGCCUAUGGAUUACACUACCACGCCAAUGAGCGCCUCACUCCAGGGGUGAUGUUGCGUUCGACACAAAGAUUAGCAGGUACGCAACAGCGUCAGUCUGUCUUACGUUCUGUUAAUACUCUACUCCAGGAACUCGAUAUCCCCACGGGUGGGGGUACUACCUGGCGUCCUGUAAUGCCUACUCGUAAGACCAUGGCUAAAUAUGAUGAGCUCAUUAGGUCGGUGGUCGUAUUGCUCGAUGUCAAGAGAGCUAGAGACAAGUUGGAAUCGGAAAUCAAGUUGAUAAAGAGCCAAAGGGGAAUUGAAUAG